ACCUCUUUCCUGUUUCUGUGUCUGAGGGGGAGAAUUAUCAGAGGGCAGAUUCUCAACUUACUGGAAAAAUCUCUAAAGGAUCCAAAAGAUGCGAUGUCACGUUCAGCUCAUAAUCGUCACGAUUGUGACAAUCCUGCUCUUCGGGCCUUCUCAUGCAAUUGUGAUCAAGGAAGAGGCAAAUGGAAUUACUUUGGAGUGUCCACGUGCUAAACACUGGGAAAAAGACGGAAUGAUGUAUGAGAAGCUGACGGAUAAUGGGAAUAUCAAACUAGCAAAGCUGUCAGACAGUGACACCGGAGAGUAUAGCUGCACUGAUGAUCAUCAAAGGUCCUCCGCUUAUGUGUUUAUCAAACUCUGUAAGAAUUGUGUGGAGCUGGAUCCCAGCACUAUCUCUGGGAUUGUGAUUGGAGACAUCAUUGCCACUGUCUUCAUCGCUCUGGCCAUAUAUUGUGUGACUUCUUCAAACAAGGGCAAAGCUUCUCAAGUUUCUGAGAAGCAGAGUCUUGUUCCUCAUGAUCAUAAUGAUGUGUAUCAGCAUCUUGGGAAUCGGAGGGGAAGCUGUGAAUACAGCCAGCUCACUCCCCGCCUGAAAGUAUAAAUAUUCACGUGCCAGGGAUUGAGGACACAGAAUGUUAACCAGGCACAGCAGCCGAUAUCUCCUCACUCUCUGUUUUCACGUUAUUGAUAAUUGUUUUAAGUUUUGGCUGUUGUUGAGGCCAGUUAUAAUAACCAAAUUUAUCACUUCCACUGAUGUCACGCGGCAAGGCAUCAGCUAUGAACAAGUCAAUGAUUAGCUAGGAAAUUUUAUGAACCUUUUGUGGAUUCAGAAUUCUUUUUAAGUUGAUAUUGCACUGUGCAGUUUCACCAGCAGCUGGUUCAGUCAGUGUUUUAGAGCAAGAAUAAAAUAGGAGAGAUGGGGCUG